GUGAAGAAUUAGCGGGAACGGGAGAAGAAGAAUAAAAAAAUUUCUACUUUUUUCUUAAAAAAAAAAAAAAAAAGUGAGAGAAGGACAAAGGGAAAAAGAAACAACAUCGUCCUGGUAGAAGAGAGAAAGAGAAGGGGAGAGCGGGAGGUGGAAGCCCGGAAGCUGAGCAGGACAGCAGGCCCGACGACCCUUUCCUCUGGAGGCACUCAGAAAGCACUCAAGAUCCAUCGCUGCCAAGAGAUGCCGGCAAAUCAAGAUACGAGGCCAACACUGUCAUGACAAAGAUAUACCGGAGAUCGGUGAGUACAGAGAGCGCGGGCGAAGAUGAGGAUCAGUUCACCAGGGGCACGGGAUCCCCUGGUGGUGGCGGCGGCGGCGGUGGCGAAGGAGGCACCGAGCUGCAGCAGCCAACGACGAGCUCGUCGACGACAGCCACGCCAGCCCUCACAACGUCAGCGACCCACUUGAGGAUGGCCGAUAGCAGUCGGCCGCGGGGCCUCCUCGCGAGGAGCUCCCGACCGCCCGGCCAUGUCAACUUCGACCCCGAGGCACCCCCCAGCCCCGGUUUCAAGCCGAGUGUGCUACCCGGGUCGGCCGGUGGUGGGCUGCCCAACCCCUACCAUCGGCCCUCCCAGCAGAUGAACUUCCUCGAGAAGCCCGACGUUGACAAGAAGGUCAAGAGGCACAGCAUCCACGGCAUGAUGGAGGACGAGAACGUAAUAAGGCCGCACCAGGAGAUACACCGGCUCUCGCUGGACGACAAAAAGUUCCUGCUGGCCGUGGAGCGCGGCGACGUGGCCGGAGUCAGAAAGAUGCUGGAAUUAGACGCGGGCAAAACGAAGAUUAACAUAAACUGCGUCGACCCACUGGGCAGGUCGGCCCUGCUGAUGGCCAUUGACAACGAAAACCUGGAGAUGGUGAGUCUGUUGAUCGAGUUCAAGGUCGACACGAAGGACGCCCUGCUGCACGCCAUAUCCGAAGAGUUUGUCGAGGCGGUCGAGCUACUCCUCGACCACGAGGACAGUUUCCACCGGGAGGGCGAGCCCAACAGCUGGGAAGCACUGCCAACCGACACGGCGACCUUCACGCCGGACAUAACCCCGCUGAUCCUCUCGGCGCACCGGGACAACUACGAGAUCAUAAAGAUCCUGCUGGACCGGGGAGCCCUGAUGCCGGUGCCCCACGAUGUUCGCUGCGGCUGCGACACGUGCGUCCAGUCGCGGCAGGAGGACUCGCUUCGACACUCCCGCAAACGCAUCAACACCUACAGGGCCCUCGCCUCGCCCUCGCUCAUCUCCCUCUCCUCCAAGGACCCCAUACUCACGGCCUUCGAGCUCUCCUGGGAACUACGCCGGCUGUCGUUCCUCGAGCACGAGUUCAAGUGCGAGUACCAGGAACUGCGCCGGCAGUGCCAAGACUUCGCCACUGCCUUGCUGGACCACACGAGGAGCUCGAGCGAGCUCGAGGUACUGCUGAACCACGACCCGACGGGCCCUGCCUUCGAGCACGGCGAGCGCAUGCACCUCAACCGGCUCAAACUGGCGGUCAAGCUACGCCAGAAGAAGUUCGUAGCGCACCCGAACGUCCAGCAGCUGUUGGCCUCGAUCUGGUACGAGGGCCUACCGGGUUUUCGCCGAAAAAACAUGAUCCUGCAAACCGUGGACAUAAUACGCAUCGGCGUCCUGUUCCCCUUUUUCAGCAUAGCCUACAUCAUAGCGCCGCACAGCAAGAUCGGCCAAACCAUGAGGAAGCCCUUCAUCAAAUUCAUCUGCCAUUCCGCCUCGUACCUGGCUUUUUUAUUCAUGCUGAUACUGGCUAGCCAGAGGAUAGAAAGCGUCAUCGGGGUCUGGACGGGCUACGACGUCUCGGACCACACCGUCGAACCAACGAAGAGAGGAGCCCCACCUACGAUAGUCGAAUGGUUCAUCCUGGCGUGGGUGUCGGGACUGAUCUGGUCGGAGGUGAAGCAAUUGUGGGACGUGGGCUUGGAGGAGUACGUGAACGACAUGUGGAACGUGAUAGACUUUGUGACGAACUCGCUGUACGUGGCGACCGUGGCCCUGCGGAUAGUGGCGUACUUCCGGGUGCAGAGGGAAAAAUCCGAGGGCCUCCACCAGGUCUCCGACCUAGAUCUGCAGCGCGAGCAGUGGGACACCUGGGACCCCAUGCUCAUAUCCGAGGGCCUAUUCUCCGCCGCCAACAUAUUCAGCUCGCUCAAGCUCGUCUACAUAUUCUCCGUGAACCCGCACCUCGGGCCCCUCCAGGUCUCCCUGUCACGCAUGGUCAUGGACAUCAUGAAGUUCUUCUUCCUCUUCGUCCUCGUCCUCUUCGCCUUCUCGUGCGGGUUGAACCAACUGCUGUGGUACUACGCCGACAUGGAGAAGAAGCGGUGUCCCACGGCAUCGACCCAAGCGGCCGCCAACUCGAGCUCCAACGACACCAACGCUUGCUUGGUCUGGCGAAGAUUUGCCAAUCUCUUCGAGACGAUCCAAACGCUGUUCUGGGCGGUGUUCGGUCUGAUCGACCUCGAGAGCUUCGAGCUGGACGGCAUCAAGAUAUUCACGCGGUUCUGGGGCAUGCUGAUGUUCGGCUGCUACUCCGUCAUAAACAUCGUCGUCCUCCUGAACCUGCUCAUAGCCAUGAUGAAUCACUCGUACCAGUGUAUAUUCGAGCGGGCGGACGUCGAGUGGAAGUUUGCGCGGAGUAAGCUGUGGAUCAGUUACUUCGAGGAGGGUGGCACGGUACCGCCGCCCUUCAACAUUAUUCCCACGUGGAAGAGCUUCAUGUACGUCGUGCAGUGGCUCUACCGGAAGCUGUGCGGCCACAGCCGAGCCGCGAAAAAGGAACACAUGCGCACCAUCAGAAUCUUCCAAUUUCUCCAAUUCUUUGUCCCGCAGAGGAAGUUCAAGCAGGCUAAUGAACGGGACCAGCGCUACCAGACCAUCAUGCGGAACCUCGUGCGCCGUUACGUGACCGUUGAGCAGCGAAAAACGGAGAACGAGGGCGUCACCGAGGACGACGUUAAUGAGAUUAAGCAGGACAUAAGCGCUUUCAGAUGCGAGCUGAUCAACAUAUUGCAGAAAUCGGGAAUGGCUACGGACCACACGUCCGGAACGGGUACCGACGGUAGCGUGAAAGAGUUGUGCGUAGGUGUGGGCGGCAAAAAAAACCGGCAAAAGGAGCGCCGGCUGAUGAAGGGCUUCAACAUAACGCCCCAACCGGGCAGCAGCGCCACCCUGCCGCCCGUCGCCGAGUCCAUGCACGGCCACGCCCAGACCCCGGACGGGCAAACCGGCGGCCGGCACCACGAGCUCUUCGGCAGCACCCUCAGCGGCAUCUUUGGACCCGGGGCCACCUCCAAGAGGCACCACCACCACCACCACACCAGCACCAACAGCGUCCCCGGAUUGGCGUCCAGCCAGAGACAGCUCAGGGACUCGAGGAACGGCUCCAAGAAGCGCAAGUGGGGCACCCUCAUCGAGGCCGCCAAGUCCGGCCGGGUCUCCAGGCUCAUAGCUGGUCGUUCCCGGUCGGAGGACUCGGUUUAUUCGCCAGCCUCGGAGGAUGGCUCCGAGUCCUCGGACUCCAAGUCCUCCCUGGACGCGCCGUCCCAAGACUCCCACCCGCGCCACCACCACCAUCACCAGCAGCCACAGCCGCAGCUACUGUCGUCCAGCCAGGAGACGCCGCAACAACAAGCCGCGCAGCAGCCACAGCCGCAGCAGCAGUCCGAGGCGGGGCACAACAUGUUCAGCGGGUUGGGGCCGGCUCUGGCUGCUCUGCGCAAGAAGCGCAAAAAGUUCUCGGCCUCGCGUGCCUCGACACCCGCCAUGACCACGAGCAGCGGCAACAACAGCGCGUGCACCUCGACGACCAUCGAGAGCUUCGUCCACCCGGUGGCCACCUCGUCCCUCGUCUCGCGCGCCCAGACCAAGAAGCAGCAGCUGCAGCGCGCGAGCAGCGUCCCGACCCGCAGCCCCGAGAUUGCCCUCCACCAGAUGGCCCCGGCCAGGAGGCACGAGGCUACCCAGAGCCAACAGCCCAGCCUCGAGGAGGCGCCCAACGGGUCCAAGGACCAAGGUGCGGCAGCGACGGCGAUGGCGAGCUCGGCUCCGGUGACGGAUCUCACGCCCUCCACGACCGAGGAGAGCGUCCUGAGCGCCAGUACCGGCGCAACGGCGGUCAAACGCAACGGCUCGGCGUCGCAGAAGCCACUCCUGGGCAUCGAGCCCAUCACGGGGCACGACGCCACUGCCAAGACCGGCUGGCUCUAGAGCUUCCUCUGACCCCACCCGGGAACACAUCUUCCUCGACUGUUGACGCACAAUUACCAUACGCCUUGUCUGGCCCCCUUCUUUUCUUCUUUUUUUUUUGGGGGGGGGGGGCAGUUGGGGCUGUUAAAUCGACGACCAAUCAGUGUUUUCUACUUGGGCGUGGAAAUGGCAAAGCGAGGCAUUCGUUACGAACUUUUCAAUCAGCUCGUGUCCGGUUGAACGAAAAUUAAAAGAAGCUAAAGAAACACUACCAAAUUACGAUAUUGCAUACUAUACAGAAUUUACCGUUUAGAAGUUUGAUAAGGUAAAAAAAAACAAUAGUUUCAUCUUUACUGCAUUGGUAUUUGGUUGUACACAUUGUAUACAACAGUUUUUCAAAGUGACGUUAUCCGAUGGUCAAUUUUCCAAGUCUUGAGUGUGAAAACAAAAACAACAACUCGUGACUUUGAUGCGCUAUAAAGUAGAAUUUGUUGUCUCAUAUUGAGAAGGGAAGUCGACCAAACUUUUAUUUCACGUGUAUAUGAAAUAUAAAUUGUCAAGUGUAACGUCGAGACCAGAUGAAUUUUUGGAGUUUUAAUUGAUGUAAAAAAAAAAAUAAAAAGGUUGUUAUUUGCUAGUAAAUGUUACGUAAAAUCGUAGAUUUAUCCGAAUUAACGUGUCACAAUUUUAUUACGUUUCUAAUGGAUUUCGAGAAAUAUAUUUCUAGUUCGAUCUCUACACGAUGAAUUUUUACAUAAUUACGAAAAUGUACGAAAGUUGUUUGGGUAAAAAGUAUUUGUUCGCUCUCAAUGUAACGACGAAUCCGAUGAAGAAUUUAUAACUAAGACGAUUGGAGAAAAAAAAGGUGCAGCGUGUAUUUCCAAGUAUAUAAUGUGUGUGUAUAUUGUAACAACUUGUACACACCGAUGCGAGUUUCUUUCAAUGAUCCUGAAGGUGUUGUUUUGUCUUGAAAAAGAAACCCACGAAUUCCAUAGCAAAUUUAAUGCAUUAUUGUAUAAACGUUGCCUUGGGCCAUUUUUUCAAGAAUCAACGAUCGUUGGGGAGAAAACUUUACAUUGGAUCACGAGGCAAAUUAAGUGAAACUUACUAUUAAAACUACGUGUAACUUAUCGCAUAAGAGUGAAGUGAUAGCUAACUAAGGGGCGAGAGAUUAUUUUACAAAUGUU